GCCGCCAUCUUUUCUCUCGGUACAAGAAAGUCCGAAGUCGAAGUUCGUUUUCAAUUGUAGCCUCAUCACAAGAGUUUUGCUAUAGAAGCUUAUCGUUAAACGGCUUUGUACACAGCUCGAAGUUAUAUAGUUUUGCCUUUCAAUUGAAGGAUCAAGGUCUACAUAAAACUCCUCAACCAGGCAAAAUGGCAUUAUCCGAAGAGCAAAAUGUUAUAUGCCAGCUCAAUGAUAACUGGGUGUGGGUCCCGGACUGGAUUGACAGCUCCCCUUCAUCAAUUAACACAGCUGGACGAAUCGUCAAAUUCACACGCAAAUUUGAUAUCCAGACGACACCUAGCAAUACGAUACUGUAUAUCUCAGCAGACACUAGAUACAAGCUCGUCGUUAAUGGCCAGCGGGUGGCUACUGGGCCAAGCCGGAGUUCUCUCAUGAUCUGGUAUUAUGAUACGUUAGACAUUGCUCCGUAUCUGAAACAAGGUGGAAAUUGCAUUGAGGUCGUUGUACUGCGAUAUUUUUCGGGAACCCGUACAGCGAUGCCUUUUGAGCGGACUCCCUUCCCAGGACUAACAGUCGUUGGAAGUAUUGGUUCUGGAGCUGGAGCGGUGGAUUUAUGUACGAAAAAGCAUUGGACUGCUCAGGUGGACGAGAGCGUGUUGUUUCCAACGGGGCUGGUGGACGAUGUCUUUCUGCAUAUUAGUGAAAGGAUAUCUCCUUCGACUGUAAGCUCAACUGUCAUUCCUAAACCAUACAACAUGAGGACACUGAAUGGUGAUCUCCUACCAUGGCGUCUCAGACCCCGCCCUAUUCCAAUGCCCGAGGAAACCUCAGUUGCAGUCAAUCUUAUGCGAACGUGUCAUAGCAGUAUCGGUACAAAAGAUUGGGAGAGCUGCUUCGCUAAUAACCAAUCUCUUACUAUUCCGGAAGAAUCAACUCAAAUAAUUGAACUUGUCGCGGAUGUACAUUCGACGGCCUUCGUACAGUGGAGAUUCAAAUCACCGAAAAAUUCACAACUUCGUCUCAAGGUCACGUAUUCAGAAGGAUAUGAGCUAGAACCACGAUCAUAUCCAUUCUUCAGAACCAAGAAAGACAGACUGGAUGCAGCGAAUGGGCAUAUCUUAGGUCCAUUUGACGAAGUGACGCUGGAUAUCGAAGAGGGAGAGACAGUGACGUAUGAACCGUUCUGGUUUCGAACAUUCCGGAUUAUGCGAGUGGAGUUUACCACAGGCUCAGCGCCAGUUGAAUUGGUUUCAUUUCAAGCAACACAAGUCAACUAUCCCAUGGCGGUGAAAGCAAGUUGGUCUGAACCUGAAGAUGAGCACGGUGAGAAAAUCUGGGAUGUGUCGAUCAGAACAAUGAGAAAUUGUAUGUUUGAUGGGUACUCGGAUUGUCCAUUCUAUGAGCAGCUUCAAUAUGCCGGCGAUACUCGUACCGUCGGCCUCUUCCAUUAUCUCCUCAGCGGUGACGACCGUCUCAUGCGCCAGUCAAUCAUCACAUUCGCCUCCUCUGGUACUCCCGAAGGGCUCACGCAAUCACGAUUCCCAUCUCACGUUCCACAGAUCAUCGCCGGUUUCUCACUCUACUGGAUCUUGCAAGUAUGCGACCACCACCUCUUCUUCGGGGACGUCAGGUUUUCUCGAUCAUUUCUGCCCCGCAUUGAUGGCGUGCUGGAAUUCUUCGACUCUCAUAUCGACGAGCUGGGACUUGUAAGUGGCUUGCCGUAUGAUUGCUGGCAGUACGUAGACUGGGUUACAACCUGGGGAGCUACCGAUGAGCAUCCCGACAAAGGCGUGCCGACUUCAGGUAGAAAGAGUAAUCGACAUACAUAUUUCAGUAUGUUGUACGCCUACGUACUGAAACAGGCUGCUCUUCUUGUCCGACAAGUCAGCCGACCCGCACAUGCAGUGGAGUAUGAAUCUCGAGCUGAAGCGUUGUUGGUAGCGAUUCGAAAACACUGCUACGAUGGGAAGUUCUUCACAGACUCGCUGGCUUCAAUUGCUGAUGAAGGAGCUUACUCGCAACACUGCCAGGUGUUCGCUGUACUAUGUGGAGCUUCACCUCCGUCUGACCAUGGUCGUCUCCUUACAUCAGCAUUCACGAACCCGAAAUUCUCAAAAUGUUCAUACAUGAUGAAAUUCUACGCCUUCCGCGCCUUUGCCAUCGCUGGUCAUGGGGUGUUCGAAUCCAUGUGGAAGGGUAUGCUAGAGCCGUAUAGGAAGAUGCUAGGAAUGAAUUUGACGACGUGGGAGGAAGAUGACGUGAGGCAAAGAUCAGAUUGUCACGCUUGGGGAAGUGUGCCGAUUUAUGAGUUCUGCACCGAGGUGGCGGGUGUGAAGCCUUUGGAACCUGGGGCAAAGAAGGUGCUUUUCUCGCCGAGGUUGGCAUUGAGUAAGAGUCUGAAAGCCCAGGUGUGCUUGGGGAAGGAGAAUGUGGCUACUGUGGAAUGGAACGGGGAGGAUGGUGGCGAAGUGAGAGUAGAGUUGAAGCUAACUAAAGCAGUCGAGCUUGUAUCUAGACUUCCUGGAGAGGAUCAGGUUGAGCAUGGCGUUGUUGAUUCGCUUACGCUUUUGUUCCGUCCGAAAAGGGUCAGCUGAAGAGCCGAAUAUAUUCAAGAUAUUGAGCGUCAGCAAUACGACGCAGAGGCAGUCAUAGAAAAGUAGCAGUGUAUCACAGUGUCAGAUAUCUUGACCACAAGAUAACAAGCC